ACCACACGCCACCGCGUGAUCAAGCGCCGCGCGGGCAGUGCACACGAGGGAGGCCUGGACUGGGCGGCGCUCGCGAGUCGCGACGCCACCCGCCCGCGCCGCGGCCAUCUCAUCUCCCUCCUUCCUCCCACCUUCCCAAUCCCUCCCCCCCGCGCCACCUCACGUCGCCAUUUCAACUCCAUCCUCGCGUGAACGAGACGAGACCCCUCCGACCCCUUCAACUCCGCGUCUCCUCCUCCUCCCCCCUCUUAACUCCUCCCUCCUCCCGAUCCAAGAAACCGGAGCAAAUCGUGGCCGAUCUUGUGUUCUAGUGAGUUGCUGCAGCCAUGAACAAUCUCUUCUCUAGCUCGUGGAAGCGCACCGGCGGCGGCGGCGGCGGCGACGGGGAUAUUGAAUCGGGCGGCGGCGUGGAGAUGGCGCCGCCGCCGGGGGCGGCGGCGGGGGCGAGCCUUGAUAGGUUCUUCGAGGACGUGGAGUCGAUCAAGGACGAGCUCCGCGACCUGGAGCGGAUCCAGCGGUCGCUCCACGACGCCAACGAGGGGGGCAAGUCGCUGCACGACGCGGCGGCGGUGCGCGCGCUGCGGGCGCGCAUGGACGCCGACGUCGCCGCCGCCAUCAAGAAGGCCAAGGUGGUGAAGCUCCGCCUCGAGUCGCUCGACCGCGCCAACGCCGCCAACCGCUCCGUCCCCGGGUGCGGCCCGGGCUCCUCCACCGACCGCACCCGCACCUCCGUCGUCGCCGGCCUCCGCAAGAAGCUCCGCGACUCCAUGGAAUCCUUCUCCUCCCUCCGCGCCCGCAUCUCCUCCGAGUACCGGGAGACCGUGGCGCGGCGGUACUACACCGUCACCGGCGAGCAGCCCGACGAGGCGACGCUCGACAACCUCGCCGAGACCGGGGAAGGGGAGCGGUUCCUGCAGCGCGCGAUCGCCGAGCAGGGCCGCGGCGAGGUGCUCGGCGUGGUCGCCGAGAUCCAGGAGCGGCACGGCGCCGUGGCGGAGCUGGAACGCUCGCUGCUCGAGCUCCACCAGGUGUUCAACGACAUGGCCGUGCUGGUGGCGGCGCAGGGGGAGCAGCUCGACGACAUCGAGACCCAUGUCGGCCGCGCGCGCUCCUUCGUCGACCGCGGCCGCGAGCAGCUGGUGGUGGCGCGGAAGCAUCAGAAGAGCACCCGCAAGUGGACCUGCAUCGCCAUCAUCAUCCUGCUCGUCCUCAUCCUCGUCGUCGUCCUCCCCAUCGUGCUCAAGUUCGUCAACAACAACAAGAGCAGCAGCAGCUCGCCGGCGCCGGCGACGCCGUCGCCGCCGCCGCCAACGGCAUGAUGGUCGUAUGAUAGUCCAUGUUGAGUUCAUACUUCAUAGUGAGAGAUUUCUAUUUUUUUGUCGGGUUUUUUCUUUCGUGAUUGUAAUUACUUCUGUAUGAUUAGUUGAUCGUCUUGAUUAUUAUACAUAUCUGAUUCUUCUAAAUAUCAUUGCAUUUGAAACUGCA